AUGUACUACCUUGACCCCGAAUCGGUCUCUGCCAGAUCCUCUCGCACCUCCGCCAAUUCCAACUGCUCCGAUUGCGACGACGACUUCGUGACCGAAGAUGACGAUAUUCGUGCCGCUGGUGACUCCAUCACCGAAGUCGAACAGGUUUCCUCAAGCGCCAUGGCGGAUAUGAAAUUAAUUGUCGACUGCAUGGUCUCUUCCGGCUACGCAAAGGAGUGCGUUAGCAUUUACAUUGUGAUCCGAAAAUCCAUAAUCGAUGAAGGAUUUUAUCGCCUCGGCGUUGAGAAACUGAGCUCGUUGCACGCAAACAUGAUGGAUUGGGAAGUGCUUGAUUUAAAAAUCAAGAGUUGGUUGGAGGCGGUGAGGAUUGCCGUUAGAAUUCUGUUUAGCGGAGAGAGAAUCCUCUACGACAACGUCUUUAGUUACUCAGAUUCCGUAAGAGAAUCCUGCUGCGUCGAGAUUUCCAAAGACGACGCCUCUCUUCUUUAUGAAUUGCCCGAACUCUUUGCCAAAACAAAGAAAUCGUCGCUAGAGAAGCUGUUCCGCGUGCUCGAUAUGCACGCUGUGGCUUCAAAACUGUUGUCGGAGAUCGAGUCCAUAUUUUCCUCCGAUUACAAUUCCGCCGUGCGUUCUCAGAUGGUGAGCAUUGUAUCUGAUUUGGCAAAGUCAACUCUGGAGAAAUUGAUUAAUGAAACAAUAGAACAAUCACGUUAUAUUUGUUGCUUCACAUGCAUUACUGAUGACUUUGAAAAGGAAAGGGAAAAUUUGAUAGCAAAAAAGGAAACAUGGGAAGAGUAUGCUAGAGUGGCAACUAGAAGAGGUGAUAACAUACGAAAAGAUGUCACACAUUGGCAAAAGCAAGCUAUAGAACUUAUUGAAGAAGACACCAAAAAGAAAGUGACAUGUUUCUUUGGAUGGUGUCCUAACUGCAAAUGGCAAUAUAGUAGGGGGAAGGAAUUGGAAAGUAAGACAAAGGAGAUUAGAAGACUUGUUGAACGCAACUUUGAAAAUGUUGGAAUCAGUCGUGAUGUUCCUGACAUUGAAUAUCACUCUUCUGAAAAUUACAUUUCUUUCAAAAGUAGAAAGUUGAAAUUUGAAGAACUUUUUAAUGCCUUGAAAGAUGACAACAACUAUAUGAUUGGAUUGCAAGGGAUGGGGGGAACAGGAAAAACAACAUUAGCAAAAGAGGUGGGUAAGGAGCUUAAGAAGUCAAAAUGUUAUAAUGAAGUGAUUGAUACUACAAUAUCUAAUACCCCUGAUAUAAAAGAGAUUCAAGAUGAUAUUGCAGGACCAUUAGGACUGUUAUUGAAGGAUUGUACCGAAUCAGAGAGGCCUAAAAAGUUGAAGGAUAGAUUAACUAAUGGUGAAAAAAUUCUUCUGAUUCUAGAUGAUGUGUGGGGAGAUAUCAAUUUUGAAGAAAUAGGUAUUCCAUUUAAGGGCAACCAUAACAAUUGUAGAAUUCUUGUGACCACUCGCGAUAUACGAAUAUGCAAUAAAAUGGAAUGUGAGAAGAUAAUUCAACUUGAUAUCUUACCAGAGGAAGAGGGAUGGAUAUUGUUCCAAAAGCAUGCUGCUUUAAGUAAUAAAUCCUCUAAAAGCAUUCUUGAUAUAGGUCGCAAAAUUUCCAAAGAAUGUAAAGGAUUGCCAAUUGCAAUUGUUGUUAUUGCUCGUAGUUUAAAGGGUCAGACACGUCAAAAAGAAUGGGAUUUAGCCUUAAAAUCCUUACAAAAGUCCAUGCACCAACCUGGUGAUGAAAAUUGGAGUGAAGUUUAUACAUGUCUAAAGUAUAGCUAUGAUAAUAUGAAGAAUAAAACAGCUAAGAAUUUGUUCCUUCUAUGUUCCUUGUUUCGAGAUGAUGAAGAAAUACCUGAAGAACUUUUAGUCAGGUUUGCCAUAGGAGCAGGUCUCGUCGAGCAAAUUGAUGUUGAUUACAAUUACGAUGCAUAUCGUAAUGAAGUUAUUGUAGCUAAAUACAAACUCAUAGAUUCAUGUUUAUUAUUGAAUGAAGAAUUUGAAAGUGUAAAAAUGCAUGAUUUGGUUCGUGAAAUGGCUUUAUCGAUAGCUAACAAGGAGAUUGUGGCAGUGAAUACAUCUAACAAGAAUGCAAUGACAAUGGUUGAAAAGGGGAAGAAUAUUAAAUAUUUGUUGUGCGAAGGUAAGAGCAAGGAUCUGUUUUCCUUGAAGUUUGAUGGAUCUAAACUUGAUAUUCUAAUUAUCUAUCUGAAUGAAAUGGAAGAUUAUUAUCUCAAAGUCCCAGAUCCAUUCUUUGAAAAUGUAUCAAGAAUUCGAGUUUUGUAUUUAUCAAACGAUACUUAUGAAGAAUCAAUGAUGUCAUUACCACAAUCAAUUCAAUUGCUAACCAAUCUUCGAUCUUUACUCCUUGAAAAUUUCAUCUUAGGUGACAUCUCUAUUCUUGGAAAACUACAAGGCCUUGAGACUCUCGAGUUAGUGAAAUGUUGGUUCCUUGAAUUGCCGAGAGAGAUUGCAAAAUUGGGAAAACUUCAAUUGUUGAAAUUGAAUGAUUGUAUGUUCAAACGGAACAAUUCAUUUGAAGUGAUUGAAAGUUGCAGUUCAUUAGAAGAGUUGUAUUUCAUUCAUAAUGGCAUUUCAAAAACUUCUCAUAAAGUACAACUUCCUAACUAUCAAAGGUUUUGUAUAUUAGACUUUUCUUGCUUCUUGAUGUCGGAGGAAUUUUUUGCAAGAAAUUCCUUGAAUAUGUUCAUGGCUGAUGAAGUUUUUUCUAAAGAGACAUUCAAGAAUCUAGUGCAAAAAGCAGAAGUUCUAUGUUUAAAUGGACUUGAAGGAGUAUGGAAAAGCCUCAUACCUGACAUUAUUUUUCCGGAUGAUGAAGAAGGUAUGAAUAAUCUAGUUGAGAUUGCUUUGAAAGAUAUUUCACAACUCGCAUGCCUAAUUGACAAUAAUGACUCUCGUGUGCAAAAUGCCUUAUCCAAGUUGGUUGUACUUAAACUUAAAAGUAUGGAAAAUUUGAAAGAAAUAUGCAGUGGACCCCUUCCCUUUGAAUUUCUGAAAAAUUUAGAAAAAAUCAUCCUAUCUGAUUGCAUACAUUUUGAAGGCACAUUGUUUAAGAGCAACGUAUCCCUCUGCAAUCUUAAUCACUUGUCUAUAUCGGAAUGUCCCAUGUUGACAUCUUUGUUUGAGUUGUCGACCGCACAAACCCUAGUGUUGUUGGAGAACUUAUCGAUAACCAGAUGUCGACAACUGAAAAGUAUAGUGAAAGAUGAAAGCAAAAGGAAAGAUUCAAGAGAAGACAUAAUUGAUGCUCAUAAUGAUAACAAGAGUAUUGUUUCAGUAUUUCCAAAUUUAACCACUCUUCAUGUCGCCCAUUGUCCCCUGUUACAUUCUAUACUUCCUGUGGUUGUUCCUCGAAAUGUUCCAAAACUUAAAUCUAUUUAUGUAGUGUAUUGUGAAGGACUAAAAUACAUAUUUUGCCCAUUCCAAGAUAAGCAUGAAGAGGAAGAAUCACAUCAAGAAUUAAAGGAUCUCCUAUUCACUACUUUGAAACGACUUGUUCUUGAAUACUUGCCUAAUUUUUUAGACAUUUUCAUGUGUCCAUCGGUAAAGAAGUCAUCUUCCAAAGAUGAGUCGAAAGAACAAAAAGAAUCAAACCCCAUGAAAUGUGAGAUUUUACAUUGGAUCCACAAAUAUAGAAACAAACGGAAAACUACCAAAAUUUCUUUGGAUUCCACAGAUCAAUUGCAAGACUCUUCUAACUCAAUGGUAAAUGACUCCAAUGCAAAUGAUGUGAUUGCGCAAGAAAUGUCUGUCAUUUUGACAAAAGUUGCAUUCAAUAAUACACCUCAGAUGCCUGUGGGCUCCAACAUUUUUGUCACUCUACAAAACGUUACAGAGUUAUUAAUUGAUAAAUGUGAAAAAGUUGAAGUACUAUUUUGUGCUUCUAUGUUGGAAUGUUUACCAUAUCUGCAUGCAAUUACCAUAUUUGGAUGCAAUGAAUUAAAGCAGAUAAUUGGAGAGGAUACAAAGAAUCACAGAAAGCCAUUUUUUCCUAGGCUGAAAGCACUUGUCAUAGAAGAAUGCAACAAAUUGAAAAGUGUCUUUCCCAUUUCAAUUUCCAAAACGCUACCAAAGUUAGAAGUUCUGGUAAUCGUAAAAGCAAGUAUGCUAGAGGAAGUAUUCGAAGGGAACAGUGAUGAAAAGGUUGAGAUUCCAAAUCUGAAAACUGCAGUAUUUGCUGAACUUCCAAGCCUUCGCCAGAAGAUUGAAUUUCUCACUGUAAAGCAUAGUUGGGUGAAGAAUGGUCCAAAAUUUUCCUUCUCUUCAUCCCUUCCAAGUAUUGGAGAUAUUCUUGCUUCUGCCAAAGGAUAUUUUAAAGAAGAUCGGGAUAUAUCAAAAAGAUUAAUUGAUAUUCUUUGUGGUCUUUAUCUUGGUGGAGAGAUUGGCAGUCGAGAGUCAGUAGGCUAUGAAGUUGCAACUCAAGUUGAAGUAACAUCGAUAAGCAGUAAAUGGAGUCAUGCUAAGAUUAGAGACAGCCCAAUACUUAAACAGAUUGACGAAGACAACCAACGUCAAAAUGACGUUGGAUCAAAUGAGUUGGAGGAAGUAGAGAACCAAAGCAAAGAAACAACAGAAGAUGAAGACAAAACACAUUCACCAGAAAAUGAAGAAGAACAAAUGGCGAUAUCAUCUUCAGAUCUUAACAUGGAGCUUCCUACAACCAAAGAUGUUAAUGAUGGAGACUUUGAGAGAACAUCUAACUCAGUGGUUUCUCAAAAUACUAACUCAGUGGUUUCUCAAAAUACUAAUACUACAGGGUCAGAACUGACAUAUCACCAUGUAAAGAAGAUAUUACUGGAGAUGCCGGAUAAUCUUGACGAUGAUUCUAAAACUGAAGUAGCAUCAGGGAGUGAGUUGACUGCAUCAAAGAGAAUAAAGAGAACAUGUGAAGAUGGAACUACAUCACCAUAUGAGAAGACGAUAGCGUUGUCAACUGAGUCAGAAUCAGAACAUGGUGAAGCUCAAAUAUAUGUACCAUUUUCAGUUGUGAAUAUAGAACUUGAAGAUGUUGGUGUUGAAGACAUUCAAAAAGCUUCUCCAGAGAAACUUGCUGAGAUCACUUAAGCCACUCUGAAUUUGUUGAAUUGUUAAAAGAUCUGUGUAAUUGUGGUUUCAAUUAAGGAUUGGUUGGAUGAUGUUGAAAAACUCAAAAAAGUGCUUUGUUUCCGCGUUGGGAGGAUCUUAAACAUUAAGGGGCGGAAAAUCUUGAGCAUUCGAGAUAUUGAUAAAUGUUGCUUGUGUUGAAACUUUGGUCUUUCCAUAUUUUCCUGAGCUAUUAUGUUCUUUCAAAUAA